AUGCCCCACAGAAGUGAUGUAAACUGCCACAAGGGCGCGACUCAGGGGCUCUCUCUCAGAGUCUGCCCAUGUGUCUAUCCAUAUGCACUGUACUUGUUCCUCCUAAGAAAUGCUUUACUUGCUUCACCACUUUCUGUCUUUGUGGAUGUUCUUUUCUGCAACGCCAAAGGGACGGGGCCCUUGUCACUAACUGCUGGUCUAGUCGCUGGGAUCUGGUGCUUACGCUGCUGUGACCCAGCCUCCAUCUCUGGUUGGGAACCCCAGCCCUGCCCCAAGGCAUUCAGGCCCAGGCCACCCAAGAUCAUAUCUAGAUUAAAGUUGACAGUUUCCGACUCUCUUUGUGUAUUGUUUGUUCAGAACUCUCUUGUUCUGAAAUCCUACUAA